GACAGGGGGCCGCGCGUCACAGCACGCCCGCUACCGAUUGUGCUCAAGCUGACACCGGCGCGGCCGCGCCGGGAGACGCAUCCCCCGCUUCCCAUGGCCUGGCUGUUUGGCCAGCGGUACCUGGACUGGCUCGUCGGCACCGUCUCGCAGACGGUCGUGAGCUGGUCGGCCCGCUGCCCGGCGUGCCCCGCCUGCCCGCAGCCGCCGGCGUGCCCAGCCUGCCCAGCGGCGGCGCCGAUCCACUUCCACCCGCCGGCCGCCUGCCCGGCGGCUCCAGAGGCGCCGGCACCCGCGCCCGCGCCCCAGCCGGUCGCCCAGGAGCCUGAGGGCCUCUCCUGGACGGGCGGGUGGCUGGCCUGCUUCCUGGUCGCCGUCAACCUGUUGGUCCUCAGCUUCCACGUGGUGAGGAUGGCGCAGGAGCAGGCGCCGCCGGGGGUGCGACGGUGGGCGUGGGCGCAGUACGCCGGCGCGCCGCUGUGGCAUCAGCGGCGCGUGUGGGGCCGGGUGAUUCAGGAUCCGACUGAUGCCCGCUGGUCCCCCCUGCGGGUGCUGAUCUCGACGCCGGAUGGCGACGUAUACGAAGAGCUGUACGACAUGUCUGAUGGGACUUUGGCUGCGGUUCGCUUCGAGGACGACCGGCGCACCCGCCCAGCUGGCCUGGAGGUUGGGAACCUCUACCGCUUCCGGCGCGCGCUGACG